AUCCUCCCUCCUUUGUCUCUUUUUGAAGAGCUGAGCCUCCUCUGAGGAGAACUUCCCGCUUCACCUCAGAUAAUCAAAGUGCUUGUGAGAAAACAUGGUGGUCUUCAGCCGCUGUGGUCCGACGCCGCUACUGCUCUGCUUCAUGAUCUCAGGUGCAGCCGCUCUGAUCAAGCUGCUGCAGCCUCCUGUGAUAGCCGCUCCUCUGGGCCAUGAUGUCCUCCUUCCCUGUGAACUCCAAGCUUCCCAGGAUGUGAAGAUAACAAACACGCCUGUGCUUUACUGGACGGCUGCAGGAGAUCGGACCUUAGAAGUUGACCGUAACUCUUCUAACUACUCCCAUGUGUUGAAGAAGGUGCAGUGGUCUGACAGCGGCUCGUAUCAGUGCAAAAUGUCCAUCAAAACCAGUGAAGGAAGUUUCCGGCUGAAGGGAACCAACACCACGCUGGUCAUCUACGACACCAUGACCUUUAACCCCAGCAGCCACAAUCACUUCCUGCUCCGCUGUGAGAUAAACGUGUCCGAGGACCUCGGCUUCGCUCUGUCAGUCCUCAAAGAUGGAUCCUUCCUCCAGGGCGUUGACUCUGACCACGGACCCGCCAUCAGCGGCGCCGUCACUCUGUCCCAGACCGUCUCCCUGACAGGAGGACAGAAAUACGAAUGUCUGCUGCUCCUGAGGGGAGAUCUGGUGACCAGCAGCACCUUCUACACCAAACCCACAGCACCUGGAGGAGGAGGAGAGAGCCAAUUGAAGGUUUAUCCACUUUUAUGA